GUUUGUCAAAUCGAUUUAGGAUGGACGGGUGGUGCUGUUCGGAUAUUCCUAUUCCUUCCCAGUCCUUCCAAACAUGGUGUUAAGGGUACAGGGAUUACAUACCAGUGGAAGAAAACUUCUGUGACCUCUCUGUCUCUCUACUGAAAUGUUCUCCUCAGUCCACAAUCCUCGCUUCCUCCUCCUCCAUUACCGUUGGCCCAACCUCCAUUGCCCGCCAAAACCCCACCUCCAAACCACAGCCGUCAAAGCCCUCCACAUCUCUCAAACCCUAACCCUCUCUUCCACCCCAACCUCAUCUCCGCCCUCCCAAAUCCUCACCAUCCGCGAAUCCCUCCUCUCCCGCCGCACCACCGCCGUCGAGCUCGCCGUCGACUACCUCAACCGCCUCCGCCGCACCGAGCCACACCUCAAGAGCUUCCUACACGUUUCGGACACGGUUUUGAAAGAGGCGGAGGAGAUUGAUCAGAGGAUUCAGAGGAAUGAAGAGUUGGGGCCUCUGGCUGGCGUUUUGGUUGCUGUGAAGGAUAAUAUUUGUACGGCGGAUAUGCCGUCGACGGCCGGGUCGAGGAUUUUGGAGGGGUAUCGGCCGCCGUUCGAUGCCACGGCGGUGAGGAAGUUGAAGGAGAGUGGUGCAAUUGUUGUUGGGAAGACUAAUUUGGAUGAGUUUGGUAUGGGGAGUACUACCGAAGGUUCUGCAUACCAGGUGACUGCAAACCCUUGGGAUUUGUCCAGGGUGCCAGGAGGGUCAUCAGGGGGCUCAGCUGCAGCUGUUUCUGCCAGGCAGUGUGUAGUGUCAUUGGGAAGUGAUACUGGUGGAAGUGUAAGGCAGCCGGCAUCUUUUUGUGGUGUUGUGGGAUUGAAGCCAACAUAUGGGCGUGUGUCAAGAUAUGGACUCGUGGCGUAUGCAUCAUCGCUGGAUGUCAUAGGAUGUGUUGGUUCUUCAGUUGCUGACACAGGAAUUAUUCUUCAUACGAUUUCUGGUCAUGAUAGAUUUGACGCCACUAGUAGUAAGCUACAUGUUCCCGACUUCACAUCUCAAUUCAUCUCCAAGGAUUUGUUGGAAUCUAAACCUUUGAAAGGACUAAGGGUUGGUGUAAUUCGUGAAACUCUUGACGAUGGUGUUGAUCCAGAAGUAAUAUCUUUAGUUCGUGGUGCGGCUUCUCAUUUGGAAGAAUUAGGAUGCAUUGUAACAGAGGUCUCAUUACCCUCUUUCUCCCUUGGGCUACCAGCCUAUUAUAUCCUUGCUUCAUCUGAGUCAUCUUCAAACUUGUCACGUUAUGAUGGUGUCAGGUAUGGAAAUCAAGUUGUUGCUGAUGAGAUAAAUUCCCUUUAUGGGGAUUCCCGUGCUAAAGGGUUUGGUUCUGAGGUUAAAAUGAGAAUUCUAAUGGGAACAUAUGCCCUUUCAGCUGGUUACUAUGAUGCCUAUUACAAGCGUGCCCAGCAGGUGAGGACCUUGAUUCAGGAAAGCUUCAAGGAAGUAUUGGAUAAAAAUGACAUCCUAAUUUCUCCAGCCGCUCCCUCUGCUGCUUAUAAAAUUGGCGAAAAGAAAAAUGAUCCAUUGGCAAUGUAUGCAGGGGACAUCAUGACAGUAAAUGUCAACUUGGCUGGUCUGCCUGCACUGGUUUUGCCAUGUGGAUUUGUUGGAGGGGGAUCCACUUGUCUUCCUGUUGGUUUUCAAAUGAUUGGUGCAGCAUUUGACGAGGAAAAAUUGCUUAAAGUGGGCCAUAUCUUUGAGCAGACUGUUCAAGGUUGUAGUUUUGUUCCUCCCUUGGUAGCUGAUGACUUCACAUGCUAGUCGCACCAAUGAUUAUUGUCUUGUAAAUGAAGCAGCCAAAGCUGAUUUUUGAAAUCAUUGCCUAAUGAUCUCACAACAAAUCUUCGGUCUUGUAUUGUCAAAAGCACAAUUGGAGGAUUGGACUGUUGGUUCAUCAUUAUAUAUAUAUGGUGUUAUGCAACUCAUAUUUAUGUUCAUCCUUUUUCUAGGGUUUCUUGACCAGCUAGCUAGUUUCUUUUGAAAGUUGGGUUUUUUCAUAGCUGUAGUGAAAGGGUUUUAUAGGCAACCUCAGAAGCUCAAAUUGAUGGAGAUUGAUGGACAACAACCUCCCUAACUCGACGGCCCUUUUAAAUUUUGUUUCUGUAUUCUUUCAGCAAUUCUUAGUGAUUGCUACUUUCUUUUACUUCUUUCUUUAUUUCCCUGCUCUCUCUACUUUGUGUUCUCUCUUUGAUAAAUUGUUAUGUCUGUGCCUGUGUCUGUCAUUGUCAAGACUCCGGGUCUGUGUCGUUGUCAGGUUUGUUUAUGAAUUGUGAGUUCUGAUUGUUUCUUCUU